AUGGCGAUACACACCGUAGCAGCCGCCGCCGCAGCCCUUGCGCUGUGCCUCGUUGCAACCGCAGCGGCGGCAGGCGCUGGAGCUCACCCGCCGGUGCCAGCGCACGACAUCGCCUCCUGCCUCGUCUCCAACGGCGUGACGAACUUCUCCCUCCCGGCGUCCAAGAGCUUCAAGCCUAUCCUCGACUCCUCCCUCCGUUACCUCCGCUUCGACGUCCCCAGCGUCGGCAAGCCGGCCGCCAUCGUGCUCCCGGCGUCCCAGCGGGAGCUCCAGCGCGCCGUCCUCUGCGCGCGCAGCAGCUCGCUGGCGAUCCGCGUCCGCAGCGGCGGCCACAGCUACGAGGGCCUCUCCUACACCUCGGAGAACCACGUCCCCUUCGUGGUCAUCGACCUCGCCAACCUGAACCAGGUCCGCGUCGACCCGGCCUCGGCCACGGUCUGGGCGGAGUCCGGCGCCACCCUGGGACAGCUCUAUCACGCGGUGGGGCAGUCCAACCGGACCCUCGCGUUCCCCGGCGGGACGUGCUCGACCAUCGGCCUCGGGGGCUUCGUCUCCGGCGGCGGCUUCGGGCUGCUGUCGAGGAAGUUCGGGCUCGCCGUCGACAACGUCCUGGACGCGACCUUGAUCGACCCCAGCGGCCGAGCCCUCACCCGCGCCACCAUGGACGCCGACGUGUUCUGGGCCAUCCGCGGCGGCGGCGGCGGGAGCUGGGGCGUGGUGUACGCGUGGAAGCUCCGGCUCGUCCCGGUUCCCGGCACCAUCACCGUGUUCGACAUCGACCGGCGCGGCCCGGCCGACCUCAUCGCCGGGCUGAUCCACAAGUGGCAGUACGUCGGGCCCCACCUGCCCGACGAGUUCUACAUCUCGACGAGGAUAUACUUCAAGCCGAAGUCCACGAACGGCGGCAACCUCACCAUGUCAUUCACCGGCCAGGUCCUUGGCCCCAAGCACCUGGCCCUGUCAGUGCUGAACAAGGCCUACCCGGAGCUGCGCCUCGCGGAGUCGGAGCUCUCGGAGGUGAGCUGGGUCGAGUCGGCGGCCAAGUUCGCCGGCCUCUUCUCGGUCGCCGACCUCACCAGCCGGCAGAUCGGGGUGGGGGAGUACGCCAAGAGGAAGUCCGACUACGUGCAGGCGCCCAUCUCGGAGCAGGACAUGGUCAAGGUCGCCCGGUACAUGACCGCCGCGCCGACGGAGGGGUCCAUCCAGCUCAACCCCUACGGCGCCGCCAUGGCGCGGAUCGGGAGCAGCGAGACGCCCUUCCCCCACCGCGCCGGGUUCCUCUACAGCGCCCAGUACGCGAUAGACUGGCGGGCGUCAGAGAACGACCGCUCGGGGGAGUACAUGGGGUGGCUCCGGUCGUUCUACGAGUUCAUGGCGCCCUUCGUGUCCAAGAACCCUAGAGGCGCGUACGUCAACUACGUGGACCUGGAUCUGGGCACCAACAACUGGACGACGGAGACCGGCGGGCCAUUGUCCUUUAGCUCGGUGAGCCACGCGGCGUCGUGGGGGCAGCGCUACUUCCUCCACAACUUCGACCGGUUGGUUAGGGCGAAGUCCAAGAUUGAUCCCUUGAAUGUGUUCAACAAUGCGCAGAGCAUUCCUCCUUCGCAUUAG